AUGUUUAAGAGCAGUGCUCCACCAGAAUUGUUAGAACCAAUACAAACGAAAUUUUGGGUACCAGUAGGGAUAAAACAGUUCAAGCUUGUUUGUCCAGUGAAAAUAAGCGAUAGUGAUUUAGUGAUGAUACAAUGGAAAAAGGAUGAUGAACAAAUUGGUUUCGAUUUUAAUAGUCGAUAUAAGCUAGUGCGAUCCGACCGCGAAUUAAAAAUUCGCAAUCCUCAAGCUUCGGAUAGUGGAAUAUAUCAGUGUCAAGCUGUGAAUGGUUUUGGUCACUUAGAACUGGAAUUUGACGUAAAUGUAUACGAUCCGACAAAUGAGCAAAGCAUAGGUACAGAAGAUACAGUAAUUCUAUCUGAAAAAGCAUCGCCUCCAGCUUGGUUAAACGAAACGGAAAUGCGGAGCUCAAUGUUGGUUCCACUUAGACUAUCAGUAGGUGGGAGACUCCAAUUGAAAUGUCCAGCAAAAGGAAAUCCUCUGCCUCAUAUCACAUGGCUUCGCAAUGAAAAACCGAUUAAAAGAGAAGAAUUCACAUUCCAGCACUUAUCGGCAAAUUUGGUUUUAUCAAACGUCCAACAAAGAGAUUCUGGAAAAUAUGUAUGCAGAUUAGAAAAUAGUCAUGGUUUAAUUGAAGCAACAUUUCGAGUAUAUAUUGGUGAUUUUUUAAAUGCAGAUGAAAAUAUGCGAUGGCCCUCUAAUGGUAAUGAAUUCAAUCAAUCACCAAUGAUUGAUGAACCUUUCAAUAGUACUGUCAAAGUUGGUCAUACAGCACAAUUCCAAUGUAGGGUCAAAAGCCAGCAUCAACCCUUAAUAAAGUGGUUGAAACGAGUUAAUAAUCCAGAACUUAUUCGAAAAAAUGAUGAAAAUGCAACAUUGAUUCAUGCAAAUGAUAUGGAUUUACUUCUACUUGAUCAGCCAAAGACGCGAGCAGAUUUGACAGAUGGGAUAUAUGUAAAUCGUUUAGUCAUACCAAACGUAAAAUUUGAAAAUGAAGGCACAUAUAUAUGUGUUGUGACAAAUGCUGAUGGCGAUAUUGUCUAUCGAGCUGCACAUCUUGAAGUUAUUUCUAAGUAUAAUCGGAUAUCGAGUUUUUACUUUUAUAUUGGUUUGCCCAUUGUUAUUAUAAUGUUUUCGAUGAUAGUAUAUGCUAUAUAUUUUCUUUAUCGAAAUCAGGAAAGCGAAAAAAGGUCGAAUGAUUUUACAACAAAUACGAUCAAAUCAUUCCACUCAAAUCGGGCAUCAUCAUCUAUUAGACCACCACCGCCCAAUCAUCCGCCACCUCGCGCACCACUUUCACCUAACUCUUCGCAAUAUGAUCAGUCUGGUGCAAACAAUUCUCGAUAUCCAUUACUAGCCGCACACGAAAUAAAUGAGCACCAUUUGGCCGCACAAGUAUGCUACCCACUUCAACAUCAACCUCGCCCUACACCUGUUCGUAGGACUCGUGCAAUCGAGGAUCCAGCUAAUUUGCAUGAUGCGUCCACUUUAAAGGCAUAUUUAAUUCAAACCUCGUUGCCGAUAAGCCAUAGUGAAAUAAAUAAAACUAAUCAGCUGCAGAAAGAACACUCGAAAUAUCCAUCCCCACAGUUUAAUUGCGGUGAAUUCCACAAUGCUGUCGAACAACAACAGCAGUCUUUUUUAGCUCAAAAAUUACAAAGGAGGUACCUCUGA